AUGGAGAGAAUUGAAGAAAAUAGAGAAAACAUGAGGAAUGUGGAUCUGAAUGUAGCGUGUUUAUUGAACGGUGAAUCAAGUGGAUCACAAAGAAGUGUUGCUUCAAGUUUGACUGAUCUUGAAACCCAACAACCACCUAAUCAUUGGAAAAGUGCUAAAGAAGUUGGAGAGAAGCUGAGAAAAUUCUUGUACAAGAAGAUGCCUUCUGUUUUCUAUGACGGACCAAAUGGAAAGAAGACGAAAGGACACUUGUUAUACUCCUUUACGAAGAGAGAAGAUUUGAAGAUAGUUUGUGCUUGUCAUGCUAGUUUUUUUACCCCAGCUGAAUUUAUCAAACAUGGUGGUGGAGGUGACGUUGAUGUUGAGAACCCUUUAAACUAUAUAAUUAUAAUUCUUGACUACUGA